UCAACGACUGAAGAAUCGAACGUUACGUUGUCACGUGACCUUGCGCACACUGUAGUCGCUGCAGGCGAAUUAGUGUCUGUGUAGACAAAAUGUCAGCCGCCGUGAUAACUCACAGUUUGAUAAGACGAGUUUUAAAUACACCUGUAAAAUGGCAGUUGGCGUGUUGUUUUCAACAAGAAAGAAACGUUUGGAAAGGGAUCGACAAGCCGAAACCAGGCGUGCCUGGAACAUGCUAUCGCCGCAUUGUGCACUAUCCAGAAGAAUACACAGUGAAACCUUUGAAGGUCACUAACCUCGGUGGCAGAGACCCUGUCACUGGCAGAUUGGUGGUGAAGGGGAUUGGAGGAGGCAUAAAGCACAAGUAUCACUGGAUAAACUGGAAACGGGAAGGUCCCAAGGGCUUAGAUGAGAAACCAAAGGAGGAAAAGGUGCUGCAGGUAUUGAAGGAUGGAUGUAGAACAGCAUUCAUCGCACUCGUUGCCUGUGGUCAGGAAUUGAAAUACAUUCUGGCUACACAGAACAUGAAGCCAGGUGAUGUCAUACGCACGUCUCAAGCCAUACCACGUAUACCUGUAAGAGCAAACGAGGGAGAUGCUUUUCCUUUGGGUGCAUUACCUGUUGGCACACAGGUUCAUUGUGUAGAAAAGUAUCCUGGUUACGGUGGAACUUUAGUACACGCAGCUGGUACUUUUGCAACGAUUGUACGACAUGAUGGCACGGGCAGAGUAGUAAUAAAAAUGCCAAGCAAGCGCGAGUUCAGUUUGCACAAUUCGUGUAUGGCUACUGUCGGAAGAUUGUCGAACCAUCUCCACGGUAGUACUCCAAUUGGUAGUGCUCAGAACAAUCGAUUGCUAGGUAACCGACCAAGAAGUGGAUUAUGGAAACGUAAGGAGGGACGUCAUGGACGUAAAAUACGUCCGUUACCUCCAGUCAAAGAAUUUUCGAUUAAUAGUAAACUAACACCUGCCUCUUCUGUCAGACUGACACUCAGCGUGUAAUUUAUUUUCAAACUUGUUAAUAAACUUAUUAAACACUA